CUCCGCCGGCUCUUUACUCGCGAAAAUAACUUUCAACCCACAGGGUCUCUCACCUCUCGCGCGCACUCCCGGCUCUCUUGGGAGCCCCGGGACGAGUGGCGAGCGACUUGUGCGGAUCAUCACACGAGGAGGGAAGGGAGUGGGAGGGGGUGGUGGUUUAAAAAAAAGAAGAAUCUUUCUUGUGUUAGAUCACUGGCGAAUUGAAUGUUGCAUUUGUGUUGUUGUUGUUGGAGCGGGAUAAGUCGCGCUGGAGUGGCAGGGCAUGACCAGGACAGGAACUGCAGACGGACUGUCCAUGAAUUCAAGCAUCACGAGGUGAGCUCGCCAACACCUUGAAGCGUCCGCUGUGUCUUCGUACAAGUUGAGAUGAAGAUCAGCCAGGACAAGGGCAAAGAGCUAGUUGGGGAGCUGUUCCUCGCCGACUGAGACGCCAGCUACAGAUGUCCACCCGGGUACGGGAGCAGAUCUACAACAUUUAGUAUCAAACGGUGUUUGAGAGACGACUGUUGGAUUGAGUUGCUGCGGAUUAAUGAAAAUACUUUUGUCAAGAUAAUCUCCAUUGCUUCGUCCAUCGUCUUCCUGAAGACCUGGUGUGCAGACGCCAAGAUUUGGCAUUCCAUCAUCUUGCGUUAAUUACAAAGCUCCCAAGAGCCUCCUUCCUGCUAACAAAUGGAGUGAACGUCACGUCCCCUCCUCACGCCAGGAAUCGUACGUUCCUAUCUGUUCCGUUUCUUCCCGAGAAAGUCCACCGAAGGCGGCAAGCUACCGGUCCACCUCCAGUUGCGCUCGCCGCUAAUGAACCACAACUCUUCGCCGAUCUCGUCAAGGAGCGUAGACCGUCACACGAACUCCGGUCGUCGUCGCAAGUGGCUUUCGGCUCGCCGUCGGACAAAGACGGUCGCCGCAUCGCACGGCGCUUUCGGAUGCGCUUCUGCGGCCGUCUGGAACGCUCUUUCGAUAUAAGGAAGCCGCCGGAGCUGUGCACUUUCAAAUCGAGAUUGAAAACUCAUUUCCUUAAAGUAGAUUUUUCGUGCUUAGUUCGUUGUCCUUCCCCCGCAAUCUCCGAUUGGCGCCGCCGGCCACGUACGGCGUGAAAGAAGCAGCUCAACGUGCAAACGUGCAUUCAGUUACCACGACGGCCAGGCCUCCUCCCGCGAGCAGAAACCCCCCGCGGCCGGGCGAUGUGCCAGGGAUGAGUUGCGGCGGUGCGAGGGGCCCGGCCGAGGAUACGAAGGAGAAGCCGGGGUGGGCGCAAUGGGCUGCGGCAACAGCAAAGUCCUUCCCGAGCAUCCGCGGGGAGAGGGCGCCGAGCACGCGGUCAAGACGGUGGAGUACACCGGCGUGUCCAAGCACGGCGGCGCCGACCUCCACGCGGUCAAGAACGGCGGCGGCGGCCCCAAGGGUCAGACGGACCGCGUCUCGGCCGCCUCGUCGGGCGGUCAGCGGAGGAACAAGGUGGCCAAGUACCGCGCCAAGUUCGACGGGCGCGUCACCGCCAAGUACGACGUGAAGGCGCUCAUCGGCCGCGGCAGCUUCAGCCGCGUGGUGCGCGUGGAGCACCGGGCGACGAGGCAGCCGUACGCCAUCAAGAUGAUCGAGACGAAGGCGAGCGAGGGCCGCGAGGUGUGCGAGUCGGAGCUGGGCGUGCUGCGGCGGGUGCGCCACGGCAACAUCGUGCAGCUCAUCGAGGUGUUCGAGACGCCCGAGCGGGUCUACAUGGUGAUGGAGCUGGCCACGGGCGGCGAGCUCUUCGACAGGAUCAUCAACAAGGGCUCGUUCACCGAGGCGGACGCCACGCGCGCCCUGCAGAUGAUCCUGGACGGCGUGCGCUACCUGCACAGCCUGGGCAUCACGCACCGCGACCUCAAGCCCGAGAACCUGCUGUACUACCACCCGGGCGUGGACUCCAAGAUCCUCAUCACGGACUUCGGGCUGGCGAGCUCGCGGCGCAAGGGGGACGACUGCACCAUGCGCACCACGUGCGGCACGCCCGAGUACAUCGCGCCCGAGGUGCUGCUCAGGAAGCCGUACACGAACGCCGUGGACAUGUGGGCGCUCGGCGUCAUCUCGUACAUCCUGCUGAGCGGGGCCAUGCCCUUCGAGGACGAGAACAGGACGAGGCUGUACCGGCUCAUCCUGCGAGGGCAUUACAGCUACGCCGGCGAGCCGUGGCCGAGCGUGUCGAACCUGGCCAAGGACUUCAUCGACCAGCUGCUGAGCGUGGAGCCGACGAAGCGGCUGAGCGCGGCGCAGGCGCUGCGACACCCGUGGGUGGUGACGAUGGCGGCCGACUCGUCGGCCAAGGACCUGCACCGCUCCAUCUCGCAGAACCUCAUCAAGCGCGCGUCCUCGCGCCAGAGCAACAAGUCGGUUCACUCGACGCGCUCCGCCAAGUCGGCCCGUGCACGCCGAGCUCGCGAGCGUGAGAUCCGCCAGCUCAACCUGCGCUACCUCGAGCAGUGAGCGGCGCACGCGGAGGAGGUGAAGGAGGCACGGGCAGCAGUAGCAGCUAGGGAGGCGGCGGCGGUGGAAGCAGCUUGAAGCUCAAAACUGAAGCAGCAGGCAGCAGCAGGAGUGGCAGCACCAGCAGCAGUGGACAGAGAAGUGGGAGGAGCAGCAGCAUUAGCGGCGGAAGCUGCAGCAGCAGCAGCAGCAGCUGGAGUAGCAUCUGUAGAAGCCACAGUAGCAGCAGCAUCAUCAUCAUCAGAUGGGCAGUAGCGCCAGCAGCAGCACCAACUGGAGGGCAGUGGUAGCAGCAGUAGCAGCUUAACCAGAGCGCAGAGUCUGACUUCCAAGUGACCCCUAACCCACAAAGUGGCUACUGCACUCUUGCCCUCUGGAAGCGCAAGAAGUGGCUGCUGUCAAACCGCUGAGUGGCGAGCUCGUGGUGAAGGUGGCAGCACGUCGGGAGGUGGGAGGUUGCCGCUGCUAUUAGAGCGACAGCUUUAGGAGCGAGGCUGAGAGGACAUUCGCACAGCCAACAGGCCAAUGGAGGCCCAGUGGAGAACUUGCAACGUUUCAAUCCAUCAUUGUGUAUUUACGGUUGUUUUGAUGAAUGGCGAUACGAUUAAAAUGAGAAAUAUAUCCUUGCACCUGCAUUCAUACCUGCUGAGGCACUUUUCCAUUGAAAUGAACAACAAUGACUGAGCACAGAGGCUCGCGACCGAGGUAAAUCUGGCCGGGUGUAUGACACAGGGGGCUGGGGGGUUGUUGGUGGUGGUGGUGGUGGCAGCAUUGGUUGAUGGAGAUUGACGGUACUGUAGCAAAAAAAAAACAUGCUGGUGUUAUUUUUAUCACGACGAUCGGGCCACAGAACCUGCUGCAGAUUCGCCAAGACAAACAGUCUCUUGUAAUGUAGACCUGGGUUCAAUUACCGACGAUGAUAAGAACCGUCCAAUGAAACUGGUUCAAACACUCGCGAUACAUGCAUCGAACUGUGUACGUUAAAAUCAUGUGUUUCUGGCAUUGACAACACGAUAGAUCUCAUAGAUUCAUAGCCACUUUAGAUUCUACGUACGCCACAAUCGCCAAGCGAGAGCUCGGUGAAUCAAGUAUUUUUUCUUACCUUAUGAAACUGUUACGGUGCAUGUAGUGGUUUAACACGUAGGCUUUUCGGGACCAAUAUUAUUCAUAAUAAAGUUGUUGGGUUAGAUCGCGUUAUUU